GUGCGAGCGGCGUUGAGCAGAUAUCGGUAGUCGCGAGACGAGUCGGUCGGUUGACGGAUCGUGUCUCUUGUGUCGAUAGUGCGAACGGUUUGCUUGUCUCUUUUUCCUUCUGUGUUCAAAAAUGAGCUGGCAGGAUUACGUUGAUAAGCAGCUGCUCGCAUCGAGGUGCGUUACCAAAGCUGCUAUCGCUGGACAUGAUGGCAACCUGUGGGCAAAGUCCGAAGGCUUCGAAGUGAGCAAAGAGGAGCUUGCGAAGUUGGUACAGGGCUUCGCGGAACAAGAUAUCCUAACGUCGUCGGGGGUUACCUUAGCUGGCAACAGGUACAUAUACUUGUCGGGUACGGAUCGUGUGAUAAGGGCAAAACUCGGAAAGGUUGGCGUCCACUGCAUGAAGACGACGCAAGCCGUAGUCGUCUCCCUCUACGAGGAUCCAAUACAGCCACAGCAAGCCGCGUCUGUCGUUGAAAAACUCGGCGACUACCUCGUGUCCUGCGGCUAUUAGUAACCUCUGGGACCCAACACAAAGUAUCUAAUAUUAAUAACAAACAAUACAAUUGAUUAUUUUAAAUGAACAGCGAAUGGAAUGCGCCAUGCCGCACGAGCCGCGCCGCAACUGCCGCAAGCCUGCCGCGCGAUACACGACGAAGAAGUAACAGCAGCAACUACUACCAUACUGCAGUCAUCGUUCUCUCCACUUCGACUUAACUUGACACCGAGAAAGGAAGGCGCGCGCGCGCGUCCAUAUAACCGAUCUACGCCUCUACUAUACGACUUACUUCCCCACAGACGCCUAUGCGUACUCGCAUGCAUCAUUGAGAUACAGUUGCAUAUAAGGACAGUCGCGGACCCGCGUACAGAUGGACGGACGAACGGACCGACAAACGAACGAAUGAACCGACGAACAGAUAGAUAGAUAGUUAGAUAGACACAGACUCGUAACGCGUACACACACGUACGAUACAUUAUCACGGACGCUGCAUACAUAUAUGUACACAAAUUGGUCUACGAAUGCUCAUCGAAAAACAGAAAAAAAAAAAAAACACGUGCCAAUACUCGAUAGAGCGUGUUGUUUACGGAGAGUAAAAACAAUUUUGUAGAUACAUUGACAUGCACGUACGAUUAUAAUACGAUAGUCAUAUUCCACACACGCACAUUUACAUUCGUACGAAAGGAGAUACACUUUGAAUGUACAGACAGACACGCGCAUAUAUACGUUAAGAAAAUAAAGAUUAUAUAAAAUGAUGAUAUAGAUCGACAUGUGUAUACAUUUUGUAUGCGCGCGCGCUAUUUGAAAAUGCUCUACAGAUACGGGCUUCGGGAAAAGUGCGUAUAACUUUCGUUUGUACGAAAAAGGGACAUCGAUUAUAAUCGUGCUACAGCCCUCUGAAAUAUUGUUACAUGUCGUCAGGCUCGUGAUCGAAAAGAACGCUAUAACGAUGAUGAUGAUGAUGAUGAUGAUAAUGACAACGAUGGUGAUGGUGGUCGUGAUUGUGAUGGUGGUGGUGUGAUAAAUUAAAUUGUGUAUGUGCGUGCGUGUAUGCGUGUAUGCGUGGAAGGCACGAGACGCAUUCGUAAUACUCGGUCAUUUUCAAGAUUUCAUUCUUAUUUGUGUCUCUAAAAGAAUAAAAAAUUUUUCAGGAACAUUUUGGAGGCCUUUUUAUCUGUCGUUCGUAUGGAGAAUCUCGUGCUUUUUCGGAAUAAAAAAAGAACCGACGCGUUUCUGUAAAACGAAGAGAAUUGAAUUUGCGUUCGUCACGAGCCACGCGCGUACGAUUGUUUUUAUUAUCUAUAUUAAAUAUGAUAGGUCAUACACUACGAUCCUUUUUUCUUCCUCUGUCCAUUUUUCUCUCUGCAUUUUUCAUUUUCUCAUUUUUGCAUUAAUAAAUAGUAACGCAUUUUUACUCGUUUUCUUUGAUACAGUUGUCUAAUCAAUAGACAGCGAAUUCAAAGAAAUAACGUUAACUUAUCGUUCCUGAUCGAAGAAAUCGAGCGAGGAUGUUUUUACGAUUAGGGCGAAAAUGAGAGACUCUCCGAAUAUUUUGAUCGAGAAAUGGCAGCAGUAGAGAGAAAAAAAUGACAAAAAAGGAUUAGCUGGAGAUUUCAAACCGGGUUUCGAUAUGGUAUAAGUUUGUUUGUACACGCGCGAAAGACGAAACGAUCGAGUGAACGAACCAACGUAUCGACGAACGGACAAUAGACAAACGGACAUACAGUACUCUGAGACGAAUGAUGGCAGACAUAAACGAGAACGGAAGGAAGACAAAUCUUAUCCUUUCUAAUCGCUUUUGUGCGCGGCGCUUCGCUGAUGGAGGGACGAACACGCGCAUGAAUUUAAGUAUAAGAAAUAAUGAUAAUAAAUAAUAAUAAACUAUUGUGUUAGGUUUACAGUCCUUUUCUUUCGUAGGAUCCGAAUGGUUGGGAGAAUGAGAAAGAAAGCUGAUGUGCGAGUGUGCGAACGAAUGAGAGAGAGAGAAAGAGAGGGGAGAACGAAUAUAGUACAAUAGGAAAAUUUUGAGAAUAAAACUAGAAAGACGGACAGACAGAGAGAGCCAGGGAGAGAGAAUGAGCGUGAAGGUGGGAGAGAGAGAGAGAGUGAGAGUGAGACGAAAAAUUUCAGAAGCGAAAUGAACAAACGUAUGUGUGUGUAUCUUUGCGGGGAAGGAAAUUGUAAAGGAGACCUAAUGAAUGACAAUGAUGACGAUAUAUGAAAACCGAGGAUCGAGAGCGUAUGGUAGUUCGAGGUGGGCGAUGAUGUUUGUUUUUUUUGCUGGUCAUAACGAUUGUGAUAAGGAGAAUAAUGAUGGUGAUAAUAACACGAUGAUAAUGCGGGCGAGCAUGCAUGCGGCAGCGGGUGAAACGGCACGAAUUGGUUGCAAUCUUGGCCGCGUCCCCCAAGAAUCGAUAUGGUCCUUUUAGCUAUUUACUGUCUUUAUUAUUGCUACGUGUAAGAGAAAUAAAACGACGAAGGAUGUGUCAUAAUA